ACACCAUGGUGAAACACCUGCAGUCUGCCAACGCCAGCCGAAGCUUCUCCGAGUUCCGUCAGGAGGCCAGCAUGUUGCACUCUCUGAGACACCCCUGCGUGGUCUCUCUGGUGGGCAUCAGCAUCCAUCCUCUGUGCUUGGCUCUGCAGCUAGCUCCUCUGGGGAGCCUCAACAUCGUCCUGGAGGAGAAGCAGAAGGACAGUGGCUGCAGCUACGUGCCCCUCGGCCACAUGCUGACCUUCAAGAUCUCCUAUCAGGUCGCAGUGGGUCUGGCCUACCUCCACAGGAAGAACAUCAUCUUCUGUGACCUCAAAUCUGACAACAUCCUGGUCUGGUCUCUGGAGGUCCAGGAUCCGGUCAACAUCAAACUGUCAGACUACGGGAUCUCUCGACACUCGUUCCAUGAGGGGGCGCUGGGUGUUGAGGGGACCCCGGGUUACCAGGCUCCCGAGGUCCGACCGGGGAUCGUCUAUGAUGAGAAAGUGGACAUGUUCUCCUACGGUAUGGUGAUGUACGAGCUGCUGACGGGACGAAGGCCGGUUCUGGGAAACCACCAGCUUCAGACACCCAAGAAGCUCUCCAAAGGCAUCCGACCGGUACUGGGCAGUCCAGAACAGGUCCAGUUCUACAGCUUGCACACGUUAAUGACCGAGUGCUGGGACACCAAGCCAGAGAAG